AUGAAGAAUUCAUUGGUCAUUUUCUCUAUUUUGUGCCUCAUGGCCUACGUUACAGAAUGUCACAGUAGAAGAGAAAACAAUAAUCCUCUUCGUGAAUUUCUGAAGAAUAGGAAUUUAAGAAAGCAAUCCAACUUCCCUCUCCAUACAGGAGACUACUCAAAUGAUUCUAAUUCGUUGUCGGUUUAUGUAGAAUCACAGAAGGGUAGGAAAGAAGCCGACAAAAUCACAGCAUUGCUUGGACAACCGAGCGUAAGAUUUUUUCAAUAUUCAGGUUACGUUACCGUUGACCUUAUAGCCGGACGAGCAUUGUUCUAUUAUUUUGCCGAAGCCGAGAACCCAACCAACAAACCUCUAGUCUUGUGGCUUAAUGGAGGGCCCGGGUGCUCGUCAAUGGGGUAUGGAGCAAUGUCGGAGCUCGGACCAUUUCGGGUAAACCCGGAUGGAGAAACAUUAUGGCAUAACAAGAAUUCAUGGAAUAGCGUGGCAAAUGUCCUGUUCUUGGAAUCCCCAGCCGGUGUUGGAUUUUCAUACUCAAACAGAUCAUCCGAUUAUGUAACGGGCGACAAUAGGACAGCUGCGGAUUCUUACACAUUCUUAGUAAACUGGCUCCAGAGGUUUCCAGAAUAUAAAACCCGAGACUUCUACAUAACGGGUGAAAGUUAUGCCGGUCAUUAUGUGCCUCAGCUUGCCGACCUAAUCCUCAGUAAUAAUAAAAUUUCGAAGAACGCCUUUAUUAACCUUAAAGGAAUUGCCAUCGGGAAUGCAUAUAUCGACUAUGUAGAUACGCACAUCGGAAGAUUCGAUUUCUACCAUAGUCAUGCAAUUAUAUCAGAUGAAACUUACCAAGGCUUAAAAAAGAACUGCGAUUACUCUUCAGAUAAACCUGAAUCAAGUCUUUGUAAAUUCUAUACUCAACAACUGCAAAAGGAGCGUGGCAACAUCCACCCUUACAACAUUUAUGCACCAUUAUGCGGCUCGUCCCGACAAUUUUCUUCAAUAUCGAAUUUCGAUCCAUGCACCGAUGAUUACGUCGCCAAAUAUUUAAAUAAUCCCUAUGUGCAGAAGGCUCUUCACGCUAACACGACUCAUAUACAUCGGCCGUGGAUGGGUUGCAACGACAACAUUAGCGAUGAUUGGACUGAUAGCCCCGACUCAGUGUUAAAACUCAUCAAGAGCUUGAUGACUAGCGGCAUUAGAGUUUGGAUCUACAGUGGAGAUACAGAUGCGGUUAUUUCAGUGACAGCAACAAUAUACUCUAUGGUUAAAAUUGGGUCACCCGUUGAAACUCGAUGGUAUCCAUGGUACAUCAAUGAGCAAGAGGUGGGAGGAUAUGCAGUUGGAUACAAAAAUGUGACGUUUGUAACCGAGGAAAGCUUCAGCUUUGUGCCGAGUUGA